AUGGCGCGCACCAAGCAGGCGGCGCCUGUCCGUCGCGAGCCAUCAUCCGAGUAUGUCAGCAAGCUUGACCGGGAAGCAGCCUUAUUGGCGAAGCAGCAAGAAGCCAACGGUCAAACUGCGACGGCAGCGGGCGGCUCGAAUGGCGCUGCAACUGCCAAGGCCGGAUCAAGCGGCGCAUCGCAAAAGAGCGCCGCGGGGAUGCGGCAGGCUGCCAUUGCCGUGGCUGGCAUCUACGGGUCUUUCCUGACAUGGGGCUACCUGCAGGAGAAGCUGACCACGACAACGUACCCGGCGCCCAUUGUUGCCAACCGCGACCCGGCCAAUGCCACCGAGGUCUUCCAUUUUCCCGUUUUUCUGAAUACCGUCCAGUCCGCCAUGGCCGCCGUCACCGGCAUGCUGUACCUCUGGGCCACCACGCCCACCGGCACGCCCUUGCCCCCGAUCAUCCCGUCUGCGCGCCUCUUGCUGCCGCUGCUGCUCGUCGCCCUCACCUCGUCCCUCGCCUCGCCCUUUGGCUACGCCGCCCUCGGCCAUAUUGACUACAUCACCUACAUUCUGGCCAAGUCCUGCAAGCUGCUGCCCGUCAUGUUCUUGCACGUCACCCUCUUCCGUCGCCGCUACCCGCUCUACAAGUACAUGGUCGUCGCGGCCGUCACGGCCGGCGUCGCCGUCUUUACGCUGCACACGGGGAGCCACAAGAAGAGAGCGUCUUCGUCCUCCUCCUCGGGCACGGGCCACACCGCCUGGGGCCUCUUGCUGCUCGGCAUCAACCUGCUGUUUGACGGCCUUACCAACAGCACCCAGGAUUACAUCUUUGGCGCCUUCCAGCCCUUUUCGGGCCCCCAGAUGAUGUGCGCCAACAGCCUCAUGCAGACCGCCGUGACCGGCGCCUACCUGCUGGUCGUCAGCCCCUUGCUCGUGCACUCUGGCGUUGGCGCCUGGCUCGGCGCCGUCGACGAGGUUGCUACAUCUGUUGGCCACGGAGUCGCUGCCGCCGCCACCACGGGGCUCUGGGGCACCAACCUCGGCAGCGGCGAGCUGGCCGCGGCCCUCGAGUUUAUGCAGCGCCACCCGUCCGUCUGGCGGGACGUGCUGGGCUUCGCGGCGUGCGGCGCCGUCGGCCAGAUCUUCAUCUUUUACGCCCUCGCCACCUUCUCGUCCGUCUUUUUGGUCACAGUCACAGUCACGCGCAAGAUGUGCACAAUGAUGCUGUCCGUGGUGGCCUUUGGUCACCGGCUGUCAGGGAUGCAGUGGCUGGGUGUUGGCCUGGUGUUUGGCGGCAUCGGUGUUGAGGCACAGAUUGCGCGGACCGAGAAACUCAAGAAGGAGGCAGCCAAGGCGGGGAAGACGCAGUAG